AUAUUAGCAUUUUUUUUCAGAAAACAAUUGGAUGAAAAUGAUAGUGGAGUCCAACGACGUAUUUGUUUUUCCUGGAGAUAAACUCUUCAAGUUGGAGAACGGUGACAACAUCAGAAUAGGUCAAGGGGUUGUGAAAAGGGGAGAUGGUUUAGUAGCGUUGAAACCUGGAUAUUUGCACAAGGAUGGGAACAAAAUUUGGAUUGAAACAGCGCAAAAGCGAUAUAUACCUACUGUUGGAGACCUGGUUAUAGGUAUCAUCGUCGAUCGUUCAUCGGAUUUCUAUCAGGUUGACGUUGGUGGGUUUUCAACUGCGCUCUUGCCAAUCCUGGCUUUUGAGGGAGCUACCAAGCGUAACAGGCCACAUUUAUCAGCUGGUUCUGCAGUUUAUGCUCGAGUUGUUUCAGCUGAUAGAGAUUCGGAACCUCAGUUAUCCUGUUUGUUGCCCGGAACGCAGCACAGUUGGGUGACAGGAGAAACCAUUUUUGGAGAAUUAAGCCAAGGGAAUCUUAUUCACUGUUCCAUCAGUCUUUGUAGAAAUAUUUUAUUGGGAAGAAAUUCUGUAUUUACUGAGUUGGGAAAAUAUAUCCCUUUUGAACAGGCAACCGGAAUGAAUGGACGUAUAUGGGUUCGUUCUCAGUCAGCUGGUCACAUUGUAUUGCUCUCUAAUCUCAUCAUUUGUUCAGAAAAUAUGACAAAUGAUCAGUUGAGUGCAAUGAUAAAAAGUUUGGUUUCAAAAAUAUCGACACAAACAUCAACGACGACAAGUGUAUAGUCGUUUAAAUAGCCGAACUUGAACCAUAU